CCGUUUCGUGGGUGACUUGGUACGCAUAUCUAAGGCCCGUGACAACCGGAUCAACUACUGUUCAAGUUGAGAAGAUUGAAAGAGCAAUCGAGAGGCAAAGAGUCGUCCGAGAGCACCUUCAUCUAACGUCCUUCGAUUCUUCAAUCUCUUUUCCAAUUGAUCGUGAUGAUGAACAGAAGAAACUGUUGAUGUUGAAUGAUGAUGAGUCCACACCAAAAGAUAAAGGUUAUGGUUGGGGACCAAAAUGUGGGAAUUAUUGGAUUAAUCAGUAUUUUACACUUUCUUUGGAAAAGAAUCAGGGAUGGCAAGAAGAGAAGCAUUCUGUCAUGGGCCCAUCUGGGGCAGGUAAGACGGCAUUUCUUUCUGCACUGGCGGUAAAAGCACACGGGUGUAAAAUAACUGGUUCAGUUCUUAUAAACGGGAAACUUGACUCGAUCCAUUCAUAUAAGAAGAUAAUCGGUUUUGUGCCACAAGAUGAUAUCGUUCAUGGUAAUUUAACCGUUGAGGAGAAUCUCUGGUUCAGUGCAAAAUGCAGGUUACCAGCUAGGAUGCUUAAACAAGAUCGUGUUUUAGUUGUGGAGGGAGUUAUAGAGUCGUUGGGUUUACAACCAGUAAGAAGUUCAUUAGUUGGAUCAGUUGAAAAACAUGGAAUCUCCGGUGGUCAAAGAAAACGGGUCAAUGUCGGUUUGGAAAUGGUUAUGGAGCCAUCAUUAUUGAUCUUAGAUGAACCAACAUCCGGUUUAGAUAGUUCAUCUUCUCAGUUACUUCUUAGAGCACUUAGGCGCGAAACCUUAGAAGGGGUUAAUGUUAGUAUGGUUGUUCACCAACCAAGUUACUCGUUGUUUCAGAUGUUUGAUGAUUUAGUACUUUUAGCAAAAGGUGGACUUACGGUUUACCAUGGACCAGUAAGGAAAGUUGAAGAAUACUUUUCUGGGCUUGGGAUUAACGUUCCGGAUCGUGUUAACCCACCGGAUUUUUUUGCAGAGAAUUAUACGGUUUUGCUUUACCUUGUGUAUUGUGUAACGAGCAUAGCCUAUAUGCUAGCCAUAUUUCUUGAUCCCGGUCCAUCACAGCUGGGGCAUUUCUCCAUUGUAGCUGAAUCAGCUGUGCCUCCCGUUUCUGUACCUCCUGCACCACCUGAACAUACACUGCGUGGACAUAAACAUAGUAGAAAGUACAUCGAGGAGAGAAUUUGGGGUAUUAUUGGCGCAGCAACAGGUGGAACUGCAUUGUUGAUAUUGUGGGCAUGGCGGUACAAAAAGAGAAAACGACUACGUGAAUUAGAAAGGGCUGCAGAUGUCAGUGAAGCAUUGAGGAUGACCAGAAUUGGGAGCAUGAGAGCACCAUUUGCGUUGGCUACAAGAACAAUGCCGAAUUUCGAAAGCGAUUUUGAUGCUUGAUAUUGGUCUGGUUUUCGGCCUUCUUAGGUAUCCAAUACCGUUUCCUUUUUAUAUCUUUUAACUAAUACUCAUGUUCAUAUUCUAUGGUUAUUGACCAUUCGUACGUUCAUCAUCCGUUUAGUGCAUCUUGUUAGUUUCAACUUUUAGCUCAUUCGUGCCGGUCGAAUAUUGUUACAAGAAUUAAACUUCUUUCAUGUGAUAUGAAUCUUUUUGGAUAAUAGAAUUUUAUCUGUGCUAUGAAAGCUUAUUUAUAUAGUUUUGAUUUAGUUGUACUUCUAUAACUAAAUAUGUUAUUGAAUGCAUAUAAAGAUACAAUUUAAAACAUAGUUGUUAAAAGCCACCGCCUCUUCCGCCUAGGCCCAUUUUCCAAGCUAGGCAAGGCAAUUGCACCUUAAGUCAAGGCAAUUGCGCUUUAGUUAUUCAGGUGAUGAUUCAUGCGCAGAUUCCGGCGAGAUUCCUAGAUUCUUGAGAGUUUUCGAUCAAAUUCU